AUGUGGGAGUCUCCCGAUAGAGACAUAAUGAAAUUUACCACAUCAUCGUCACUAAAAGGUUAUCCUGACGGAUGUCGCUGUUGUACCAAAGUUUAUACCGGAUCGGACCAUCCCCAUAUUCGAGGACGAUUUUCUUUCACACGGAAAGGAGGAAAAACCGCGAAGUUCACUAAGCGAACUCCCAGAACCAUCAUCGACUUGGAGCUCUUCGCUUCGCUUGUCGGCUUUUGGGAAGAUACCGUCAUGGAAAAAAUCGACGACGAAUAUGAACAGCUUGUAGGACGUCUUCACGACUGUACAAGGGAAGCGAAGAGUUUUAAAACCACCAAGAGACGCCUGUCUCCGAAAAUUGCUGCAGAGGCGGGACAGAGCAUUUCCGUGAAGUAG